AUGGAUGGAAGAAAAUUGUCUGAAGGGCGGAAAUGUGCGGUCAAGAUAUUUGAUUCGCAAGCCAAUUUACUCAUAAGAAACUCAGAUUUACGAAGUUAUACGGCCGUCUGGUAUACGUCUAGCCCUGUUAAUCCUUGUAACAAGACCUAUUCAUACUGCGGUAGCGCUUGCCGGGCGCAGAACAAUGCCGUAGUCGACACAAGUAGUCGAUUUUCGUAUGGAGGAACCGACAAAGUUCGAAUUCAAUUAUAUUACGAAGUUUUUUGCCCUCAUUGCAGAACCUUUGACACGGUGCAAUUUCGACCUGUAGUUGAAAAACUUAGUCCUUACCUUGAUAUCAAUACUUAUCCAUACGGAAAUGCUGAGACUUAUGAAAAUAAUGGUCAAAGUAUUUUUAAAUGCCAACAUGGACCAACGGAGUGUUACGGAAACAAGCUUCAUGCUUGCGCCCUAGAUCUGAUUCAAAAUCAAACCACAGCAUUGGUUUACAAUACCUGCAUGAUGGAAUACUCCCAAAGCGACCGAGGAUCGGAUGAUAGCGCAGCCGAUAGAUGUGGCGCUUCUAUGGGAAUCGAUAGUACUCCUAUUAAACAAUGUGCAAAGGGCAACAAAGGCACUGAACUUCUUAAGUAUUACGGAGUGGAGAGUAAAAAGGCAAAUUUCAAACACGUCCCGUACAUUCUAAUUAACGGUGUCGUCAAUGAUGGCAAGAACUUUAUGAAGGACGUUUGUGCAGCUUUUUCCACGCCUCCUCCACCGUGUGUGAACGUGUUUUGA